UACAAUCGAUGAGGCGGAUUGUCUUUAAUGUCGAUGUUGUGGUGGAAAAGUCUUCGCGCGGCAAACUCGUCAUCGGGUUAAAUCGGACGGUCGCCCAUUAGUUUAUAUAACUAUCAGCAGAUCAUGUCAUCCAAUUAACUAAUUUUUGACAAAAUACCCAGAUUGCUUAUUGAGGAAACGAGGAUCGUGUUUGUGAUGGAUCCCGAUUUCGACCGUGUGGUCGGACACAUUGAAACUUGUUUAUGUUAGCGUUUCUGGUGACUUUAGGGGUUUAGGGAAUUGUUAAUAUAAUUUUGGCCUUCAGAUCAAAGAUGUAUCAGGGCGUUCAGCUCCCUUUGUGUUUGAUAUGUGGCCUGUAUUCACAGGAUAUACAGAAGCAGCGGCAUGGAUUACACUCGUCUCUGAAGUUAUCUAACGGUUAUAUUUUACCGGAAGGCAAGAUGACGCCCAACACGCUGUUCGUCGGCGGGAUUGAUAUGAAGGUCGACGAGAACGAAAUCAGAGACUUCUUUGCCAAGUAUGGGUCUGUAAAAGAAGUCAAGAUAAUCACUUAUCGAGGAGGAAUAUGCAAAGGGUAUGGUUUCGUUUACUUCGGUGAGGACGUCGAUAUCCAGAAUAUCGUUGAUCAACCGAUCUGUUUUAAAGGGAAAAAGCUCAAACUAGGGCCAGCCAUCAUGAAAGAGCGAAAUUCCCGUAAGAUUCUGUUUGGCUCAAUGCAGUCUCCAAUGAUUGGACCAUCACAGUGGGUAAGCCCCUCCCCAUAUGUGUACUGUAGCUGCUGCCCCCCGAGCUUGGCCCCACCCUCACCUGUCUUUAAUGGAGGGAAUCAAUAUAUGCAGCCUUACUCUUACUCCAGCCUUCCAGGAGUUAUGAUCCCACAAGUGCCCAUGAACUAUGCACAGACCACGUAUCCCUACCAGUAUCCCCUGCCACAGUGGUGUGGAGAACAGAGAACAAGACUUGUCAAUCAGGUCAGCGCUUCACCCCUUUUUUCCGAACUACGUGGAUUGUGGAGUCCAAACUUUGCUAACCCUUCUGUAGCUUUUACCUGCUGUGCAGAUUCAAUUUUCAUGGGUAGAUUGUCUUAAAAGCAGAGGAGAUCAUCUUGCUGGACACCGAGCAGUGAACCUCCUUAAGAUCCUUCUGUUUAUCGAACACAUUUCAGAUAUGGUCACUCGGGAUGUGAUGUGAAGAUGUGUUUUUCACAUCCACACUUAAAACAUUUGAUAAGCCUUGUGUGCUUGCUCUUACCGCCCAUUUAUUUGUUUUGUCUGUUUUUCUUUCUUUGUCAUGGCCAACAAACUUUAAAGACACUUUUAAGAUCACAAAUUCAUAUUUAUAUUUUAUUUGUUUGCUUAUUUUAAUGUUUGAUUCACUCCUGGUGAUGCACUGUAUGCAUUAAGGUAACAUGUUCGGAGGUUUUCAUGCUAUGUUCUUUCUAACUCGUUCAUUUAUUUACUCAUCGAAGCUGGCGAGUGUUCACUGUUAAAUACGGUUUCAUUUUGGGGUUCUCACAUUCAGGGCACAUAUUUGGAUUUUCGCUAUGUGGUUGUUAAGCAUCAGGGUACAGUGACCUUUCUUUCCCAUUUUAAUCUGUACAAAAUCUACUUUCAUACAUGCAUCUGUCGAUAUCACUGUACCUAAAUUAAUUUUUGUUAAUGCUGGUUUUCCUCCAAGUUCGAGCAGUUGAGGUGUAAAUAAAAUCAUUGCAUUAAUUCAAACAGUACAAUAUAAAAAUGUUAUACCGGGCCCUGUAACAUUCACAAACUUGUAAAAAAAUAACGGAUUACUAAUAUCACUGUGAACACAGUCGUGCAGCGGUUUUUCUAUCCAUUUAGCACUUUUUGCACUUGUUCAUUUUGUUGUUCUGCUUUUAAAAGUUGUUUGCAAAAAGUUGUAUUUGAUUGAACACAAGGCGGCACUGACAUUUUAUAAGCAGUUUUGUAACACUUUUUUACUAGGGGGGUUAAACUUGAGAUGCAUCAUUUGAUUGUUUUAAACAGGCUUGCAUUGGGAUGUUUUCAUUUUAUUUCAUGUUUCCCAUAGCCUCUGGGAAUUGUGGGUUUUUCUGUGCCAUAGUCUGGGAGCUUUUGCCAAUCACUGUACUCCAGGUUUUCUAUGUAAAUUAGUUACAUAUAUUUUGAUGUUGGCAUUGAAAGGUUUUGCUGUUUUGAUGUUAAUAAGAAAUAAAAUGAAAAUAUUUUGACCAUG